GGUGGUUUCGCGCUUCGACGCUUGCUGAGUGACACUGUUGGACGACUCAUCUCAGGCAAUAUUCGAGACUCUAUCCUUGCCUGUGCUACAGUACUCUGUUCCGAAGGGGUUUCGUCUAGUCAAGCACCGAAAUCACCAACGCGAUCGGGGAGAUCCAGCAGAUGUUGCCAGCUAGUCAGCCUUUGAUCGUUCCGGGACAAAGAGCUCUGUACUGCCACCGAUCUUGCUUGAUCUGCCCUGGAUGCACACUGUACUGGUGCUAGACGCCGUCGACUUGGUCAAGUCAAUCCAGGCAAGAGAUCUGCUCAGCGCUGAUGAGCCUCCGAGUCGGUCGGUGGAGAGAAAGAAAGAGGAGAGAAGGGAGUUUGCACCCGGGCUGGAUGAACAUCGAAAUUUGAUUUCGUCUAUUGCUCCGCGCGGAAAAGCGUGCCGAAACGCUGCCAUGAAUGCGUAGCCAAUCGCCCCACGGAUCAAAGCUUCUUUGCCCUGCUGGGUUUCAAAGCCGCUGCUCUCGGAGCCAGAUGUGACAAGGACCCUUCAAAGAUACCGCCUUCGUUCUGCUGAUGAAUGGGCUUGCCCUUGUGUUCUUCUGGAGGCAAAUCCAUGCCGACAGCCGGCAUGUCCACAAACGGUACUCCAUCAGAACAAGUCCGGCGAAGAAAGCGGUGCGGUAUUGCAGCGACCGAGCUUAUAACCUAGGCAAUGUACCACUCGCAGCUCAGUUGGCAGAAAUCAACCGUUUGCCCUCCUUCGUGGGUGCGCCAAUCUGGCCCCGCUCUUCCCUCCCAUGUGGAAGACAUCCGUUCUAUUCGUUCUGUGCACAGCCUGCUUGGGCAGCUGAUCGCUGCUCACGUGAAUGUGAC